AUGGAGCUGGAGAAAACCUACGCGACACCCCGAGCCGGCCGCACAGGACACGGAGGCGUGAAUCAGCUGGGGGGUGUUUUCGUGAACGGCCGCCCUCUCCCCGAUGUCGUUCGCCAAAGGAUCGUGGAGCUCGCCCACCAAGGCGUCCGGCCGUGUGACAUCUCCCGGCAGCUCCGCGUCAGCCACGGCUGUGUCAGCAAAAUCCUCGGCAAGUAUUAUGAAACCGGGAGUAUUAAGCCUGGAGUGAUUGGAGGAUCAAAACCAAAGGUCGCCACACCCAAAGUCGUUGAAAAAAUUGCAGAGUACAAACGCCAAAAUCCCACCAUGUUUGCCUGGGAGAUCAGGGACAGACUCCUUGCUGAGCGAGUGUGUGACAACGACACCGUGCCCAGCGUCAGCUCCAUUAACAGGAUCAUAAGGACCAAGGUGCAGCAGCCACCCAAUCAGCAGGUCCCGGCUUCCAGUCACAGCAUAGCCUCCACGGGAUCCGUGACCCAGGUGUCCUCUGUGAGCACGGACUCGGCCGGCUCGUCCUACUCCAUCAGCGGGAUCCUGGGCAUCGCCUCGCCGGGCGCCGAGAGCAGCAAGCGCAAGCGGGACGAAGGUAUUCAGGAAUCUCCAGUACCAAACGGCCAUUCUCUACCAAGCAGAGAUUUUCUUCGGAAGCAGAUGCGAGGAGACCUUUUCACCCAGCAGCAGCUAGAAGUGUUGGAUCGUGUCUUUGAGAGGCAACAUUAUUCUGACAUUUUCACAACAACUGAGCCCAUCAAACCAGAGCAGUGGUGCUCCAUGCUGAUGAGACAGUGCGUGGUACAACCGCAGGCAGUCAUUUUUCAGGCAACAGAAUACUCAGCCAUGGCCUCACUAGCUGGUGGAUUGGAUGACAUGAAGGCCAAUAUAACCAGCCCUACUUCGGCAGAUUUGGGAGCAAGUGUUCCUGGGCCUCAGUCCUAUCCUAUUGUCACAGGUCGCGAGCUGGCAAGUACAACCCUCCCAGGAUACCCUCCACACGUCCCUCCUGCUGGACAGGGCAGCUACUCCGCUCCAGCACUGACAGGAAUGGUGCCUGGGAGCGAGUUUUCUGGGAGCCCAUACAGCCACCCACAAUAUUCAACAUACAAUGACUCCUGGAGGUUUCCCAACCCUGGACUCCUGGGCUCCCCCUACUACUACAGCGCCACCGCCCGCGGAGCAGCCGCGCCCGCUGCGGCCGCCGCCUACGACCGCCACUGA